AUGUCCUCCAUAGCCCAGCGUCGCCCUCGACCGGCUCCCCCUCGCCGCGUUUCUGGUCGGCACGACAGCAUCUCGCCGUCUACUGUCACGCCGCUUCGGCCAUUCCCCGCCCAUCGAGCCCAUGCCACGGCGGAUUUCACAGAAGCAGACGACGACGAUGAGGACGAAGAGGACGGCUUCGAUCACAACAACAGCAAUAAUAAUAACAAUACCAGGAAUGACUCGGGCCGGCAAGACCAAGAAGACGAUGAUGACGAUGGGGAAGAAGAACGCCAGCCUCGGAGACGCAAUACUCUGCCUGUUCUUCCGCUCUUCUCCUCCUCGCACCUCGAUGCUCUUCCAGUCUAUAGCUUGACUCAUGCUAUCCGAAUCAUCGUGAGCUCUCGCACUGAGACGACGCUUACUUGGGACCAGCUACGGUCCCCCCAGGUCUCCCAAUUCCUUGUCAAGCCGAUGCAGCAGCAGAUUCGAAGCCAGCACUUCUCCCGAGCCACGAUUUACGCCCUCAUGGCAAACUGCCUCCAGUUCACCAAGGAAGGCCAGCUGUAUGCCGCCAAUGCUGGAACCAGCAACACAAGAGCCAAGGUCUGUGAGCUGUUAGCCCUGAAGAUGCUCAAAGAGUACUCCACUCGCGAGCUGAUUGAUGCAUUGGCCUACGACUUUUAUCCCCUCCAGGGCUUGCCAGGAGCACAACCACCUCCCACGACGGCUGGCAGCACUGGCAGCAAAUCCAAAAACAACCCCCUCGUAGCGUCGCGGACAUCGACUCUGGAGGUUGCCAUUCGGGCCUCGGCCAAGCAUUUCCUUGCCCAUCCCGUUGUGGUCCAGCAGCUUGAGGCUAUCUGGAAUGGUGCCAUUUCUUUCUACUCCUCUGCCGAUAGCCUGCACCGGGAAUCGCCUUCAAGCCCCUAUUCUCGCUACAAUAGCCAGCCCAAAGUUGAUGAUAGGACUCCUCUCUUGGGCUCUCUGCCUCCCAAGCCGGGAAACCUUGCCGCCGCCCCUGGCAGGAGAACUGUGAUGUUGUACGAUCCUAGACAGGCGUCCUUGCUGAAGCUGUCUCGUCUCCGUGUGCCGCGAUAUAGAUCGUUCUUGUCUACGCUGUCCCUUGCUGUCUUGAUUGGGCUCUUCUUGGCCGUCUUGGCUAAACGAUCUGCGCAAAUCACUGGCCUAGAACUGGUCUUUUGGUUCUGGAGUGCCGGUUUCAUGCUCGAUGAGCUCGUGGGCUUCAAUGAACAAGGCUUUGCCCUGUACCUCAUGAGCUUUUGGAACAUCUUUGACUUGGGCAUCCUGGUGCUGCUUAUUGCCUAUUACUGUAUGCGUGUCUAUGGCGUCUUCCUCGCCGACCCUCACCACUGGAACGCCAUGGCCUUUGACGUGUUGGCUGCAAAUGCCAUCCUGUUACUGCCUCGCAUCUUCAGCGUCUUGGACCACUACCAGUACUUUUCCCAGCUACUGAUUGCGUUUCGGCUGAUGGCUGUUGACUUGGCAGCCGUCUGUAUCUUGAUUCUUAUUGUGUGUAGCGGCUUCUUUGUCUUUUUCACUUCUUCUACCACCUCUAGUAAUGGUGCCGAGGUUGCGUACAAGAUAUUCCAGAUCCUCAUGGGCUUCACGCCCGCCGCUUGGGAUGUAUGGCCAUCGUACAACUGGCUUGCGCGAGCAUUGCUAUGCUUUUUCCUCAUCAUUUGUCACUUCUUGAUUGUGACAAUUCUCAUCACCGUUUUGACAAACUCCUUCAUGGCUAUUGCGUCCAAUGCCAACGAAGAGCAUCAGUUUCUCUUUGCUGUCAACACCAUCUCCAUGGUAAAAAACGACGCAUUAUUUUCCUACAUUGCACCCAGCAACAUCUUUGCGUGGCUGCUCAUGCCUCUGCGUUACUGCAUGCCCCUUCGCCAUUUUGUCUUGCUCAAUCGCAUAAUCAUCAAGGUAACUCACUGCCCUCUGCUGUUCUGUAUCUACUUGUACGAAAGAUUCUGGCUAGCGCCGUCCAUGUAUGAGCCUACAGAUCUGGUCGAAAACCCAGGAAGAAGUCGGACUAGGGCGAUUUCUUUUGGGGACAUGGCCAAUAGGACCACCAUCUUCAGCCCGAGCAUGCGAGUGCGCGAAGAAUCGGUGGCGGGAUAUCAAAAGGACAGGGCUCUUGACGAGCUAUUUCUGCGCAUGCCUGAUGCUACAAAAGCACAGAGACGGCACGAGAGACGCAAGACCAAGACUGCGAUCCGUAAUUGGAUGGAUCGAACUGAUCAGGACGGAGGAGGCCCCAAUUGGCCACCAUCGGACAGUAGAGCUGUGCCCGAUUGGCAGAGAAGGAUGAGCAUGGGUUGGGAUCUGCGCUCAAACUCCAGACAGGUAUCCGAUAUCAGAUCCAUCGUCAGUGAUCCAGCGGAUCUGGCGUCCAAUGCAGGAGGGGCUUCGUACGGGGGCUACCGCAUGAUGAUGGACCCUCGCUUCGCCCACCUGACACCCGAGUACAAAGACCACACCGACGCUGAUGGAGAUGAUGAGCUGGUCACAAACGAUGAAUAUGAAGACGAAAACGGCACAAACACAGAAACUCGCGGUGUUAGGAGGGUGAAUGCUCUCGCCAGUGAGACAGACGACUAUUUCACAACGACUCCUACAGGGGUACAGUCGGCCGCCAUAACUUCGUCUCACAGCUCGUCGGACAAGGGAAACUCUUCCAACAAGCCUAGGCGACGCGUAGCACACAAUCGCACGCUGUCUACCAAUACCAUACUUUUCAAUCCUGGCGAAAUGGACCAUCCGCCCGAAAGCUCUGCGUCAGCUUCGCCGCCCAAAAGAGCAGCACUUACGAUGAGCCGAGGUGGAAAUGCUGGAGAGAUGCCCAAUGGCGUGCGCAGCCCCCCUAGCCGGCGAUCCAUGUUUUCCCCGCCAGCCCUCAAUACUCGCUCUACUAUGCCUUCACAGGCGGGCACUAGUGGUUUGAACAGAUCGGCUGUCAUGGGCCUUGAUCCAAGGAACCGCGAUCGUGCCGUUAGAAGGCUGUCGUCCGCCGACCUGAGCAUUUUGUCUGACAACACGAAUCUUCCUUUUGCCGGAGACAUUAACGCUGGCUUGGCAGGCAGUUUCCAGACGCAGAUGGCCCUGGCUCUCAUGAAGGACAACCGGCUGCGAGAUGUCGGAGGAGCUGAUACGGCAGAUCGCGAUAGGAUGGGAAGGUUGGUUCUUGCUCGGAUGAAGACUCUGGAAGAAAGCUUUGCAGACGUCGUCAAAGAGAUGCGAGAUUUGAAGAGCAGCUCCACGGCGCCGACGACGAGACGAAAUUCAUCAGGCGAAGAGCUGAGGAUAGGAUCUCCCCUUGAUGCUGCCAGAUCAGACCGACCAAAAAGUCGUAGGGGGGGCACAGCAACUCCAAAGCGGCCGGCUAACAAGCGACCUGUUAGUCGACGGAGUAUGAAGGAAAGCAAGCUUGGAUUGACGAUGACGGGAGAUGUCAAGGGCAAAGGGAAAUUUGUCGCUUCUUACUCGACAGAAGAAGAAGGCGAAGGGGCGGGUGACUCCUUUUUGGACAAGACAAGCUCCCUGUAG